AUGAAGAAAGUAGGGGUUUAUAAUGAGAUUGAGGAGAGAGAGCUUUUGGCAAAAAAUGAGAAAUUUAAGGAAUGCAAUUUUUUAUUCACUAAUAUUAGUCUAUUGAUUGAACUCAUAAAUAAGAAAUCAGAUCAACUUGAGAAUUCAGAUUUGCAAUACUUUUUGGAGCCUAAUUUAAAACCUUAGUUGGCGAUAAAUAUGGUUGAAAGGUAUAAAGUAAUUUAAUAAUAGAAUAUAAAUUGAAGAAUUAGAGAGAAGAAAAAGAAAUAAUUUAAGUUUAGAGAGAGAAUACAAAACUCCUACUUUUUAUAUUUUAAAAUCAUUAUUCCUUCGGAAAUUUAUAUUUAUAGGAUUUUUAACAUUUAUAGAUAAAGCAAUAUAAAUUGGAUCGAUAUAUUUGUUAGAUUAAGUGACGGACUCGAUUAAGGAUUAUAAUCUUCCAAAAGAAAAUCACCAUAUUUUAAAACCGAUUUUAUUAUUACUGACUAUGACAAUUGUAUAUACGUUUGGGACAUAUAUAGGGUCUAUUUCAAACGAUUAUUAAAAUCAAUUUACUUCAUUAUUAAAAAUAGUUGGGCAAUAUUUGAUAUAUUAGAAAGCAUUAAGAACAAAAUACCUUUAGGAAACAGUCUAAAAAUAAAAGGAAGAUAAAAAGGAUGGAGAUGAGGAAUAUAUAGCAAAUGUAAAUAAUUUGUUGACAGUUGAUACAGAGGAGCUUUCGUAUAUGUAUUGGGAUAUAUUAGGAUGUAAUAAAAAUAGAAAUAAUUAUAGUAUCUUCAUCCUUGAUCACAAUAUGCAUAGUUCUUUAUAUGUUAUAUCUGAAAUUAGGGAAUGCAAUUUGGACUGGAUUGAUAAUUCUAGUUUGCGUGUUGAUUUUUAAUUCGCUAACAACAACAUUUUCAAUUGUAAAGAAUGAAAUUUUAUGUUUAGAUUUUUUAUCGAAAGGCUUUAGUCCAAAAAGAUAGUAGAUUAACAUUAUCUUCUGAUGUGAUAGAAGGUAUGAAAUAGAUAAAAUAUUUAUCUUGGGAAUAAACUUUCUACAAUAAAAUAUUGGCAAUUAGAAAAAAAGAAUUUGGAUUUAUAAAAUGGCAGAAGAUAAUCGAUAUAAUAAAUAAUGUGUAAUGGUAGAGUAUAAGUUAUAUAUUGCUUUACUUUUUUUUAUCUAAUUAUGCAGAAAAAAAUGGAGAUGAUGCGUUAAAAUCUACGAAUGUUUUUACAAUAAUUGCUUUAUUUAAUUUAUUAACAUUUCCAUUAAGUGUGAUUCCUCAUUCAAUUAAUAAAUUAAUAAAUACAAUACUAUCUUAUUAGAGAAUAAAAACAUAUUUAGAUCUUAAGGAAAUAAAUGAGGAAGAAAUAAUAAGAUAUAAGAAUUGUAUUGGAGAGGAAUACGUGAUAGAAAUACCUGAGAUAGCUUUCAAAUGGCCAUCAAAAAAGUAGCAUUUUGAAGAGAAUGAAGGAUUCUAAUUAAGGUUAGCAGAAAUUAAAAUAAAAAAGAAUACUUUGAAUAUGAUAAUAGGACGAAUAGGAUGUGGAAAGACAGCAUUAUUAAAUGCAAUUCUAAAUGAAAUGGAUAUAAUAGAUUAGAAUUAAGAUAGUUUGAAAGUUAGGGGAAGCGUAGCUUAUGUAAGUUAAAAUCAUUGGUUAUAAAAUAUGUCCAUAAGAGAUAACAUUUUGUUUGGUAAGUCUUAUGAUAAAGAAUUGUAUGAGAAAUGUAUAGAAGCAUGUGAUUUUAUGCCAGAUUUACUUACAUUUCCAAAAAGAGACUAAUAUAUUUUGGGACCAGAUGCAAAGAAUAUAAGUGGUGGAUAAAAGCAAAGAAUUUCAUUGUGUAGAUCUUUAUAUUAAAAUUGUGAUAUCUAUUUAAUGGAUGAUAUAUUUUCUUCAUUAGAUAUGCAAGUUGCUGAUAAAGUGUUUAAUAAAGGAAUUAAAUAAAUGUUAUUAGAAUAAGGAAAGACAGUUUUGAUGAUUACUUCUUAAUUUAGAUUCAUAGAGAUGUACAAUAAAUGCAAUAUUAUUUAUAUGGUUCAUGGUUCUAUUUGUUAAGAUGAAUAAUUAUUACAUUAAUUUAUGUCAUAAGAGAAAGAGAAAUAGCAUAAAAUAGAACUUGAAUAAUUAGAAAAAAACUAAAAGAAAUUUAUCCAUUAAUAACUGAAAGUUAUUUAAUCACAAGAGAUUGAUUAAGAUAUACUUCUAAAUGAGUCAGAAAAUAAAAACAAAAAUGAAGUAGAGGAAGAAGAAAGAGAAAGUGAUGAAAUAGCGGGAGAAACUGUUUUAUAUUAUAUAUCUUAAAUGAGUUAUGUUUUAGUAGCAUUUGCUAUAUUGUUGUCAAUUAUUCUUAUGUUAAGUAGAAAUUUGAUAGAUUUUUGGAUUAGAGCAUAAAUCAGUGUUGAUAAUCAUUCAUUUGAUUUUUUUAAUCAUUUGUUUGGAGUUUCAUUUAAGAGUUAAUUUUUUUGGUUAAUAUUCAUAUUUGUUAUGAUUACAUUUGCGACUGGAAUCAUUAUAAAAAUCUGUACCUUGUUGGGUGGUUGGAGAACAUUCAAACUUUUAAAUCAAAGUAUUAUGAAUUCUAAAAUGGUAUUCUUUGAUAAUAAUGCUUAAGGCAGAAUUAUCAAUAGAUUAUCAAAUGAUACAUUAAUCAUUGAUGAUGAACUUCCUUGGUUAGUUGAAGUACUUAUAAUGUCAGUGCUUGCAUGUAUAGGUUAUCCUAUUGGAAUUAUCAUUCUCUUUCCAUGGCUUAUUUUUAUUAUCAUUAUUGAACUUUUAACUUUUAGAUGGUUAUAAAAAUACUUUAGAAAAAGUAAUCGAGAUCUUAAAAGAAUUUAAUCCACUAAUGAAGGCAAAAUUAUUUCCCAUCUCACUGAAACUAUUGAAGGUUUAAGAACUAUUAGAGCAUUUGAAAAAUAAUAAUAUUUUAUUCAAAAAUACAUUAUUAAGCUUACUGAAUCUAUUUGCUCUUCUGUUAAUAGUAGAAGAGUUAGUUGUUGGUUAUCUGUCAGAUUACAUUUACUAAGUAACUUAAUUUUCUUAGCUGUUUCAAUAACAAUUAUUCUUAUGAUGCUCUUUAAAAUUGAAAUUGAUUAUGCUACUUGUGCUAUGACACUUACUUAUGCUGUACUUAUAACUAAUGAAUUCAAUGAUACAAUGAAUUGGUUUAUUUAAAGUGAAGCAAAAAUGGUUUCAGUAGAAAGAAUUAGAUAAUAUUUUAAUAAUCCUUAAGAAAAAUAUAAUAGUGUUGUUUAAAUAAAUCCCCAAGUCUCAUAAAUUAUUAGAUAGUAAGUGCCAAAUAAAAAAUAAAAUAUUUAUCCUAAUCAGUAUGCGAUAGUAUUCAAUGAUGUCACACUAACAUAUGAUGAUGUUUUACAAAGCUAAAAUGUCAAAUAUGCAUUAAAGAACUUUUCUCUAUUUAUUAAAAAAGGAGAGAAAAUAGCGUUUGUUGGUAGAACAGGAGCUGGAAAAACUUCAAUUUUUAAUAUUUUAUUCAGAUUAUAUGAUUUUCAAUAAGGACAUAUAUUUAUAAAUGGUGAAGAUGUAUUUUAUUUAAUUAACAAAAUAUUAGAUUUAAAAAAUGUAAUUGAGAGAUGUGAGAUAAUUACUAUCUAUAGUUCCUCAAUUUGGAUUCUUGUACAAUGCUAAUUUGAGAGAUAAUAUCGAUCCAUAAGGGAAAUUAACUAAUUAAUAAAUUGAAUAAGCAUUUAAUAAUACAUAGUUUAGAAUUAGAGGUAUAAUGUAGGAUUCUACAUAAAUAAAUAGUACAAGUUAAGAAGAAAUUUAAAAAUCCUCAACAAAUAUUAAUUUUAUGAUUGCUAAAUCUGGAGGGAACCUAUCAAAUGGAGAAAAAUAAGUAAUUAAUUUUAUGAGAGUAAUCUUAUAAAAUAAAGAUAUUGUUUGUUUAGAUGAAGCCACUUCAAAUAUGGAUCCAAAAACAGAUGAAGAAUUACAUAAGACAUUAUUUAAUUAUGUAUAGGGUGGUAAUAAAACAUUACUCGUUAUUACUCAUAGACUUGAAAAUAUUUAAUAAUAUGAUAGAAUUGCUGUUUUAGAGAAAGGAGAGAUAGUUGAAUUAGGAACUUACGAAGAACUUAUCUAAUUGAAUGGUUGGUUUGUUAGAUUAGUUAAUUAAAAUAAUGAAUGA